GAGCAUGUACAACGCGGGUUGUUAGUCAAUCCUUAAGUGUAAUCCUUAGCUUUUGGUGAUUAAAUAAACAUUAAAAAUAUCGAUUAAGCUAAGGAUGAAUCCUAAAUUAAGGAUUAAAAGGAGGGAGUCCGUAAUGCGCUGGCGUUACGUGAGUGGCUGGAGUCACGUUUGUGUUUGGUGGGGUGAGUGAAAAAAAAACGCGAAGAAAAUCAUUUGUUCGACCCAAGGAAAAAAAAAACCAGAGCCGUGACGGAGGCGAUAGAGGGGCGAAUCGUGAUCGUCGUUGUGGAAGGUACAGAAAUGGAGGAAGAACUUCGAGAUAUGAAAGCACACAAAGCGUACAUCAGCAUGGUUGAUUUCGUUGCAGAAGCGCAACAGGGCAUUCCCAAACUGUGCCCUUGUGGCUCAAUCACGAAGGAAACCGUUGAUGAAGAGGACACUUACGACUACCUCCCUGGGAAAAGAUACUUCAUAUGCAAAGACUUCGAGAAUGACGGCCUUCAUUUCAGGCAACCAUGGGUUACGGGUGUGACAGAAGAGGUUGAGAGGCUGAAGCUACGGGUUCACGAGCAUGAGAAGCUUCUCAGAGAGUGUGAGGCACUUAAGGCACAGGUUGCAAUGCUGGUAAAGCGGGUGACAGAACUUGAGUUACUGCACUGAGGUGAAGUACAAGACAUGUGCCACAUGAAGACAAAUGAUGCUGUUUCAGUCACGGGUGUUUCUUUUUUCCUUGCGCAUGUGAACCAUUUCAGAGGUUCACGGGUUGUAUGUUUUCCUUGCGGCUUUCAUUUGUUUUUUUAUAACCAUGUCACGGAUUCUAUGUAAGGCAGAGUGUAACUUUUCGUGCCUUUAUAAGGCAGUGUGUAAUGUUUCAUUUCUUGUACUCUAAACUCCAUCUAUCAAACGUACGUUUAAGAAUUCUCAACAUUGUCUUUUGAUGAUCAACAUUUCUUGUACUCUAAACUCCAUCUAUCAAAGGUAGUUUUCUUCUGCCGCUAUCCAUCUCGUCUCAGGUUCUAACCUUUCACGGUGCAUAAUUUUUUGCACUAAACUCUGCAAACUCGCCGGCAAAUAUGGGAGAUGAAGUGGAUCGCAGAUUAAAUGCGGCUUUAGAUGAAGCAGUCGAUGAAUAUUUGGAAGAUACAUACAACGACAUCGUAAAGAAGCAAAAAAAGAAAGAGAGAAAACGUGCAUAUGUCGAAAGAAACCGCGAAGAGGGCCAUUCCCGUCUAUGGAAUGACUACUUCAGUGAAAAUCCAACAUUUCCGCCUCAUUUAUUCAGACGCCGUUUCCGCAUGAACAAGGAAGUUUUCAUGCGUAUUGUCGAUCGUCUAUCAGAAAAUUAUCCUUUCUUCCAACAAAGAAGAGAUGCUGUCGGAAGAUUAGGUCUAUCUCCACUACAAAAGUGUACGGCAGCUCUUCGUAUGCUUGCUUAUGGCUGUGCGGCUGACGCCGUUGACGAAUACCUCAGACUUGGUGAAAGCACGGCACUUUCAUGUUUAACGAAUUUCACAGAAGGGGUAAUUGAUUUAUUUGGAGAAGAGUAUAUGCGAAGACCCACUCCAGAGGAUCUUCAACGAUUGCUCGAUAUUGGAGAGAUUCGCGGCUUUCCGGGAAUGAUAGGAAGCAUCGAUUGUAUGCAUUGGGAGUGGAAAAAUUGCCCAACCGCUUGGAAAGGACAGUACACACGUGGAUCAGGAAAGCCAACCAUUGUCUUGGAAGCUGUAGCUUCCCAAGAUCUUUGGAUUUGGCACGCUUUUUUUGGUCCUCCAGGUACCUUAAACGAUAUUAACGUCCUCGAUCGAUCUCCUGUUUUUGAUGACAUUUUACAAGGUCGAGCUCCAAGGGUACAAUACCUCGUAAACGGACACCAAUAUGGUUUGCCUUACUACCUCACAGACGGCAUAUAUCCAAGAUGGUCAACAUUUAUCCAAUCUAUCUCAAACCCUCAAAGCCCUGAAGCACAGUUAUUUGCUAAAGUUCAGGAGUCCACCCGAAAAGAUGUGGAGCGUGCUUUCGGAGUAUUGCAAGCUCGAUUUGCAAUAGUUAAAAACCCGGCUAUUUUGUGGGACAAGACCCAAAUAGGGAUGGUUAUGCGAACAUGUAUCAUACUCCACAAUAUGAUAGUGGAAAAUGAACGCAAUGGAUACAGCGGGUGUGAUAUAUCAGAGUUUGAAGAAGGAGAGUCGAGUAGAAGUUCAGAGGUGGAUAUGUCAUAUACUCGCAGGCCUUCAAAUCUCCGAACUAUGCUUGAAAUACGUACUCAAGUUCGUGACCCACAUACGCAUGAACAAUUGAAAUUUGAUUUGAUCCAAAAUAUUUGGAACAAGUUUGGUAAUGAUGCAAAUGUUUAAUUGUUGUAUGUUUCUAUUUUCUCAUUCAAUAAAUAAAAAUUUUAAAUUUUCUUUUAAAAAAUAUUUAUUAAUAAUUUUGUAAGGAUUCCUUAAUGGUAACACCAUUGGAGUAAUAUUUAUGAUAAGAGUCCUUGACUAUUCAUAAAAAAAAAAAAAAAAAAAAAAUUAAUAAACUA